AUGGGCACUCGUCUACAUGUCUGCUUGUUUUGCACCUGCACUGUGGUACGUGUCUCCGCCAUAUGCUCAAAGUCUGCUGCGCCCUUUAGUCCACUUCGCAGCACGCCUGGUGAUAGACAAGGCCUCGAGGAAAUCAGCAUGGCCAGGCAAAGACGCCAGAUUUUGCUGCCCACCGUUCUAGUGCUGGCUCUCACCUACUUCUCGCCAGCUUUUGUUCCUGCGCCCCAAGGAAAGAAGGCGCCGGAGCAGGUGUCGCACCUUUCUGGCGCUGUGGGUGCAGGUACACUGUUUGCCUUGACGGCACCAGCCAAUGCGGUGGAUGAUCCACUGGCACACGGGGCUCCUGGAGUGAUGGAUUCUGGAGAUCUGCAGGGCUGGGCUGAGAGGGCAGCUUUCGGUGGCCUGCUGGUGAGCACGUUCUUGGCUUGGUGGCGGGGUACGCUGGGCAGCGGACAGGCUUCUACGGAGGGCAAGCCUCCUUCGUUUUACGCCAUGUCUUUCGCGAACCUUGCCCUGGUAGUGCUGCUGUCCAACCGUUGGCUGGAGAGCGGCCACUUCCCCCUGUCGAACAUGUAUGAGUCGCUAAGCUUUUUGGCGUGGGGUGUUACUGCUGUGACACUGUACUUCACCGCCAGCCAGGCAAGUGAAGCCGCGGAGCUGAAAGCUUUCGACAUGCAAACCAACUCCAAGUCAUCGGAGGCGAAACAGAACACCAGCGACAUUGCCGCUGUUUGGGCAUCACCUGUGGCUCUGGGCAUCGUCGCCUUUGCCCAGUUUUCUUUGCCGAAGGCAUUGCAGAAAGCCUCAGCGCUGGUACCUGCCCUGCAGUCGAACUGGCUCGUGAUGCAUGUUUCAGUUGUGAUGUGCUCCUAUGCCACGCUGAUGUUUGGGUCGGUGCUUUGCAUGGCCGUGUUGGCAUUGAGCCAACCCAAAGACAGCCCGAUCACGGCGCUCCGCGAGGCUGCGCAGCCGGCGCUGCAGGGCAUCGCCAACGGCUUGCAGCCACAGCCAGCUGUCGCCACUGCUGGACAGUCCCCGGCGGUUGCCAUGACUGGCACGACCGGCCUUGAUGCUGGCAACACAGCCAGCCAGGUUGAACGCCAGGACAGGACGCAGGUAGCAGUUGCAAGCACCAGUGCCGCUGCGGGUGCCGGCAGCGUCACAGUCGAGUUCACGUCCUCUUCCGGGACGGCCGUGCUUUCGGAGGACGACCAACUCGCCAUUACCUUGGAUGACCUGGCUUACCGAUCGCUGUUGCUGGGCUUCGGCUUCCUGACGGUCGGAAUUGUUUCCGGCGCCGUUUGGGCGAACGAAGCUUGGGGCAACUACUGGAGCUGGGAUCCGAAGGAGACCUGGGCUCUCAUUACCUGGUUGGUUUAUGCCGGCUACCUUCACACCAGGUUGCAGCUUGGCUGGGACACUCGCGAAAGCGCCAAGAUCGGUGCCUUCGGUUUCCUUGUAGUCUGGGUGUGCUACAUUGGCGUCAACUUGAUGGGCAUUGGCUUGCACUCGUACGGCUUCUUCCUCAAGUGA